UUAAACAUAGGCGCAUCUCCAGAGGACCACCACCGUACAGUUCGAUAUGUUGUUGAAACGCAUUUUCUUUCCGCUCGCUAUGCUUAUUGCUACAACCUCGGCCGUUGACGAAGAGAUUCCUUCGGAGAAGGAACUGCCUGCGGAAGGUUUCGUUAUUGGAGGCCCAAAAUCCGGCGUCGGGCAAUCGGCUGGCCAGCCUGUAGCAGAAAAAGCUACGAACAAAGCAGAUUCGGUCGAGACAUUUGAAAACCAUGAUUUUGCCGAGGCUCUGAAAGAUCCGUACGGCGUUUUGUUCGGGCAGGAAGCCAAAAAGACUGUUUGGGAGAACUGCGGGGACUCGAAUUCCACUGCCAUAUCCAAUUCCACCGCCAUAUCUGGCACGAACAGUUCAGCUUUUUUGAAAACUUUGUGUCACCGUCCGGCUAGCGCAUAGUGGAGCAUUUGCUGCUGGGUUGGGAUCUAGUGGGUUGACUGGUUGAGGGCGGCCUUGACGCAAGGAAAGAGGGAUGUAGUUUUGUCUGAUCUUCACAGUGUAAUUCAAGCGAGAAGUUGUAGAAUGGAC